GUUAUUUUUAUAUGCUAUUUAUUUAUAAAAUUAUUUUUGGAGUAAUGAAAAAUUUGCUGAAUCAUACAAAAAAAAAAAAAUUAAUAAUAAUACAAACUUAUAAUUAAUGAAAUUUAUAUGACCUAGCUACUUAUAAUAUCAUACAUAUGUGAUUCGUGAACAAUAUAUAUGUAUUGCCUAACUACUAUAUACACUUAUACAGCACAUAUAUAAUAAAUAUGACCUAACUACUUAUGAUAUCAUACACAGCACAUAUGUGAUUCCUGACCUAACUACUUAUAAUAUAUAAUACACAUAUACAUAUAUAAUAUCAUACAUAUGUGAUUCGUGACCUAAUUACUUACACAACACAUGAUAUGACCUAACUACUAUACAUUAUACUCAUAUAAAGUUCUAUGCAUUGCCUUUUUAUUAUAAGUCUCUCCAUCAACAUAUAUACAAUAUAAAUCAUAUAUAUAUAAGAUGUCAUGUCUAAUCAUUUUUAUUCACAUUAUUUCAUGUAGAUUUUAAAUGCCAUGAUUAUUGCCAACAUCAACUCUCAUCACCAUGAUCCACCAUUUAGAGCAAACCUAAAUGUACAUAAUAUCCCAAGGUUAAUCAAAGCCAACUUUCCUCCAUAUGGCAGAGGUAUUGUCACCCAUUUUCUUGUUGAUCAAUUACAGUACCAAAUCUCGUAUUUUGCUUUGAUUAAUGUUGGAAUGUUGUUGUUGUUGCCAACAUCCACGACUGAAUCUCCAAAUAUGAAGAUUCCAGGCACCAAAGAAGUACCACCAACACUGCUAAUCAUCACCAUCAUCAAACCUAACAAAACAUUCAUCAACAAGCAACUCACAACCUUAGAUGAUCAUGAAACACCCAUACUCAUCAGAAAUAUUAAUAAUAGCACUCUUGAAUUAUAAUGUAUAUAUAUAUAGCUCUAUAUAUGUAUGUUGUGUGUAUAUAUUAAUCAAAGCAAAAUAUGUAUGUUGCUAAGUGGGCUUUUACCCACCAGGUUUAUGGAUCGAUCCCGAUCAGUUCUGUUCCGGUAAACAUUUUAUGUAAUGACCAUGAGGUCUAGAUUUUAUCUAUUUUAAUAUAAAACUACGCUUGUUUCUCAAUAUAUAUAGCUACGUUGAUCA